UUUCUUCGUACAUAUUCAUGACUUUUCCCGGGCUUUUGGGUGUCACGUGAUCCCUUUCGCGCGAAAAGUGACUCGUGUCCUGUAGCAGACAGAGGCAGCAGCAGCAGCAGCAUCAUGGCGGAUUCCUCCGAGUCAUUCCAUGGAGUCACCAGCCCAAAUCCAGGUCCCAGGAGAGGAGACCCAACAUCCAGCCCGGGGCGAGACCUACCCCCUUUUGAGGAUGAGUCUGAGGGGUUGCUGGGGGGCACACCCCUGCCAGGAGAGGAGGAGGAUGAAGGGGAAGAGCUGAUCGGUGAUGGGAUGGAGAGGGAUUAUCGGGCCAUCCCAGAGCUGGAUCGGUACGAGGCAGAGGGCUUGGACCUGGAUGAUGAAGACCUGUCAGAACUGUCGCCUGGAGCCCGAGCUGCAGCUGAGGAGGAGAUGAGGAGGAGAGACCGAGAGCAGGGAGUCAGUGGACGGCUGAGGAGAGGCCUGCUGUACGACAGUGAAGAUGAGGAUGAUGAGCGCCCCGCUGCUCGCCGUCGUCGGCUGGCCGAGCGUGCGGCCGAAGGCAUCGUCGACGGGGAAGAAGAGGACAUGAUUGAGAGCAUAGAGAACCUGGAGGACAUGAAGGGCCACACCGUCAGGGAGUGGGUCUCCAUGCCAGCCCCACGACUCGAAAUCUACAACCGCUUCAAGAACUUCCUACGGACCCACGUGGAUGAAAACGGCCACAAUGUCUUCAAGGAAAAGAUUAGUGACAUGUGCAAAGAGAACAAGGAGAGUUUGGUUGUGAACUAUGAAGACCUUGCAGCUCGAGAGCAUGUUUUGGCUUACUUCCUGCCAGAAGCUCCGGCGGAGAUGCUAAAGGUGUUUGAUGAAGCAGCCAAAGAGGUGGUUCUUGCCAUGUACCCAAAAUACGACCGUAUUGCUCACGAAAUCCACGUGCGCGUCUCCAACCUGCCGCUUGUCGAGGAGAUCCGGGCACUAAGGCAGCUGCACCUGAACCAGCUGAUCAGGACCAGCGGCGUGGUGAGCUGCUGCACCGGCGUCCUUCCGCAGCUCAGCAUGGUCAAGUACAACUGCAGCAAGUGCAGCUUCGUGCUGGGACCCUUCUUUCAGUCCCAGAACCAGGAGGUGAAGCCGGGUUCCUGCCCUGAGUGUCAGUCACAGGGCCCCUUUGAGGUCAACAUGGAGGAGACAGUUUAUCAGAAUUACCAGAGGAUCACCAUCCAGGAAAGUCCGGGUAAGGUGGCCGCCGGCCGGCUCCCGCGCUCCAAAGAUGCCAUUCUGCUGGCUGACCUGGUGGACAGCUGCAAACCUGGAGACGAGAUCGAGUUGACGGGCAUCUACCACAACAAUUAUGACGGCUCCCUGAACAUGGCCAAUGGCUUCCCAGUGUUCGCCACUGUCAUCCUGGCCAACCACAUCAGCCGGAGGGAUGAGGGCGUGGCCGUGGCAGAGCUGACGGAUGAGGACGUCAAAGCCAUCGUGGCCUUGUCCAAAGACGAGUGCAUCGGAGAGAGGAUCUUCGCCAGCGUGGCUCCAUCCAUCUAUGGUCACGAAGACAUCAAGAGAGCCCUGGCUCUGUCGCUCUUCGGAGGCGAACCCAAAAAUCCAGGCGGGAAACACAAAGUUCGUGGAGACAUCAACGUGCUGCUGUGUGGAGACCCGGGAACGGCCAAGUCCCAGUUCCUCAAGUACGUGGAGAAGGUGGCGAGUCGCGCCGUGUUCACCACCGGCCAGGGAGCGUCCGCCGUGGGUUUGACGGCCUACGUGCAGAGACACCCCGUCAGCCGUGAGUGGACGCUGGAGGCUGGAGCGCUGGUGCUGGCUGACCGCGGGGUCUGCCUGAUUGACGAGUUUGACAAGAUGAACGACGCUGACAGAACCAGCAUCCACGAGGCCAUGGAGCAGCAGAGCAUCUCCAUCUCCAAAGCCGGCAUCGUGACCUCGCUGCAGGCCAGGUGCACGGUCAUGGCCGCCGCAAACCCCAUCGGUGGCCGGUAUGAUCCCUCCCUGACCUUUGCUGAGAACGUGGACCUGACUGAACCCAUAGUGUCACGAUUCGACGUUCUGUGCGUGGUCAGAGACACGGUGGACCCCGUGCAGGAUGAGAUGCUGGCCCGCUUUGUUGUUGGCUCGCACAUAAAACAUCACCCCAGCACCAAGGAAGGGGGCGUGGCUUUGGAAGAGAUGGUCCUGCCCAAUACGACCGAUGUGUCCCCAAUCCCACAGGAUCUCCUGAGGAAGUACAUCAUCUACGCCAAAGAGCGGGUUCACCCCAAACUGAACCAGAUGGACCAGGACAAAGUGGCUCGGAUCUACAGCGACCUGCGCAAGGAGUCCAUGGCCACAGGCAGCAUCCCCAUCACAGUCCGACAUAUCGAGUCCAUGAUCCGCAUGGCAGAAGCCCACGCCAAGAUGCACCUGAGAGAUUACGUCCUGGAGGACGACGUCAACAUGGCGAUCCGAGUGAUGCUGGAGAGCUUCAUCGACACGCAGAAGUUCAGUGUCAUGAGGAGCAUGAGAAAGACGUUUGCCCGUUACCUGGCGUUCCGCAGAGACAACAACGAGCUGCUGCUCUUCAUCCUGAAGCAGCUGGUGGCUGAGCAGGUGGCCUACCAGAGGAACCGAUACGGCGUGCAGAACGACGCCGUGGAGAUCCCAGAGAAAGACCUGCAGGACAAGGCUCGGCAGAUCAACAUCCACAGCCUGUCUGCGUUCUACGACAGCGACCUUUUCCGCUCCAACAAGUUCAGCCAUGACGGCAAGAAGAAGCUGAUCCUGCAGCAGUUCUGAGGACUCUUCAUCCUCUCCAGCUGUUUGGCUGUGAGGAGAGGAUGUUGUAAAUAAAUGUACAUGUUUCUGAUUUUUGACGAGGAGGUUCUUCCUUUCACGCAUCUAUGAACCGUAGUAGACGGAACGUCAAGUUGCUUUAAGGGAAUCCCCAUGUUUUCAUCCAGUCUUCAACUUUGGAAGGUGCUGGUGUGCGAUACAAAAGUUCAAGUUAAUGUUUUCCAUUUCAAAUUUGCUGUACAAUUUCUGGAGUAGUUGAAGCAUUUUUGACAGAAAAAGGCUUCAAACACAACCGCCAUCUUUGCUUUACAUUCAUGUCGUUUCAUGAAACAUUUUCAGUAAAAAACUUUGAAAAAUCAAA